AUGAACGACACUGACGACGAAGUAUCUUCAUCUCAGUUUGGCUAUCUCACACCGCCGCUGUCCCCCACCAAGACUAAGUCUCCGCCAGCAAAGCUUCGCCGAAUUCCUCUACGCUAUGCCAGCUCUUCCCUGAGACCCAGUCAAUGGGUGGCACGAGGUGGCUUGUUAGCAUCACCUCGUCCAAACCAGACCAGUACGCCAGAUCGCUUUAUCGCCGGCCGCCGGCCACCCGCUGUUACUCGAGAAAGCUUCGAGCUUAACAGUCCUGCAGAACGUCGGAACAAGGAACAAAAUUCCAACCGCGGUACUCACACAGGUGCAGAUGCUUUCAGUCGCCGACUGUGCAGAAGUGGUCGCAUGAACGAAGAACUACGCGGACUCAGGGAGGCACACUCUGUGGUUUCAGGGCGUACCAAUGCGAACAGAAGGAAUGUCAACUUUAGACGCAACCCUCCAACCUUGGGCGCUCGUCAGAUCAGCGCUGGCGCCGUCUGGAACGUCGGUGGACCUUCUGCUGUGAGCGACACAGUAGUAGCGGUCUCCACUGGCAGAGGUAGGAUGCUCGGUAGUGGGACAAACGCGCCACUGUACAAAUCUGCUUUCCUAAACCAAGCAGAUCCCGAUGCCGAGCUUGAAGCCUAUGAGCGGCGUCUCGCACUAGCACUUGACAUUGAUCAAACUGAUCGUAUACUCCAGCACUCAUCGUUUCCAACCUUCCCGAGCUCACCACAUAUUGGCCCUGUAUCACAGGCUACGCAUGUCUGGCGAGAUGGAGCUUGGGUCAAGGAUGGAGUCAAUUCGAUUCUCGAUGCCCCUAACCUUCGCGACGAUUAUUACUGUACCUUACUUGCAUACUCCUACACCUCUAAAUGUCUGGCUGUUGGCCUAGGAAACUUCGUCCACCUAUGGUCUGAAAGAAGCGGCGUUAACACGCCGGACUCGCUUAAUGCUGUGCCACCAAACAGCCCUACAGAUGUUCAGCAUGUUACAUCGUUAGACUUCUCCUCUACAUCAGGAGGUCAAGCGAUCCUUGCUGUCGGACGAGCCGAUGGCCGUAUCUUACUCUGGAGCCCGCUUGACUCGGAGCCACGCUUCGAUGCUAUGCAACCCAAGCCUGUGUCGUGUGUUUCCUGGAGGCCAACUGUCGUGCAACGACCUUCUCUCCGGGAUAGAGCAAUGAAUGUACCGACCGAAGAGUUGCUCAUCGGAGACGAGGUUGGCCACAUCUACUUCUACAGCGUUGAGUGGCCUACGGAGACGCACAGUGCACUCUUCGGCUGGAACGGCGCCAUGACUUUACUUGCUCGAUUGUCCAUUCACAGCCAACAGAUCUGCGGCUUAGCAUGGUCAUCGGACGGCGAGCUCUUCACGAGUGGAGGGAACGACAACAAUUGUAAUCUAUUCGAGACUGAGAAAGUGCUUCGACCGAACCCUGCCAGCGAGAAUACAGCAACUAUAUUGGAUGUCCGUCAAGGUGUGCGUGGUGAGUCCAUUUAUACCGUAGCCAACCGCAAUAACAACCCUGUCCUACAUCUCGCGCAAACAGCGGCGAAACACACAUGGACACUCAAUGCUGCUGUUAAAGCCAUGGCAUUCUGCCCCUGGCAACGUGGACUUAUAGCCAUCGGCGGCGGCUCGAACGACCGCUGCAUUCACUUCUACCACACACGCUCAGGCACGUGUCUUGCUACCAUCGACUGCGCAGCUCAAGUUACAAGUCUUAUCUGGUCCCAGACUCGCCGUGAGAUAACGGCAACAUUCGGCUUCGCGCAACCCGAACACCCAUACCGUGUCGCUGUUUUCGCUUGGCCUAGCUGCGAACAAGUCGUUGCCGUGCCGUGGUACGAUGAGAAUCGGGCUCUAUGUGCAGUCGCUUACCCAGGUGGUCCGACGAAUGGUCCGCCAACAGAUGGAGAUGGCGAUGGUGGGAGAGCGAGGGGUGAAGAUGGGGUCUGGUCGAGAAGAGGUGUUGAGGAAGGUUGCAUUGUCGUUGCAGCUAGCGAUAUGGCGAUUCGAUUCCAUGAGAUAUGCAGCGACAGACGGGGAAGCGUGGGCUCCGGUGGUCUGAUGGGUAGUGGAACCAUGAGCUUGUUGGGUGGAGGUGAUACCCCAGAGGGCCCUUAUGCUAGUAGUAUUGAGUGGCAAGGGACGGUGAUCAGAUAG